GGCGACGCAGUGACGUCUGCGCAGUCUGCAGCGGCUGUUGACGUUCUUGAACACGCUACGAAAGAUGUGCGUUAUAGUCUGUGUGAUACAAACCCGACAAUCCGCAUGGAUUUAACAAUCUCCAGGGUGACUUCCGUAAGGAUACAUCCUGCUCUGGGCACACACCACACACGUUUGUGUCUUGCUCGAUGUGGACCGGUUUUAUACAAGUGAGGUCCUAAAGGCUGCUCGAGACGAGGGGAAGUACAUGUUAGCCAGCUAGCUGCUGCUGUCACUGUGAAAGUGACAGUAAAACUUCUCUAACAAGUGACUUAAACGUCCUGCGAGGCUCAAACUCGCUGUUCCUGUGACUCUUGAUCAUCACUUCGCAUAAAAGAGGAGGAAUGGAGUUGAAUCCUAACCUGUGUCGUGUGACUCUGGGGGUCGAGGGCAUGACCUGCGGCUCCUGUGUUCAGUCAAUUGAGGGCCGGAUUGGGAGUUUACCAGGUGUCGUUCAUAUACAAGUGUCUCUGGAGCAGAAUAAUGCAACUGUGACGUGUGACCAAACCCGCCAUAGUCCAGAAUCCCUAGCAGAGGCCAUUGAAGACAUGGGCUUUGAGUGCAGCCUGACAAACAUCACGUCAACACCAGUCCAAACAGAAACCAAAGCCUUCAGCACAGCAGGCUGUAGCACAGACUCUAUCCAGCAGGCACUGAGCGCGCUGGGACAAACUAAAGGGGUGUUGGAGACGCAGGCGAGCGCUGAUAACCAAAGCCUGGCUGUUACGUUUGUCCCGUCUCUGAUCAGUGCGGAGCGGCUCGGGGACGUGAUGAGCUGCCUGGCUCCUGAUGCACAGGAAGGGCAGAGUCCUCGCUCCUCCGGCGGAGUGGAAGCGGUGAAAAUGCGUAUCGAAGGAAUGGUUUGUCUAUCCUGCACUACAACCAUAGAGGGCAAGAUCGGGAAGUUAAAAGGCAUUGAGAAGAUUAAAGUCUCUCUUGAAUCCCAGGAGGCCGCUGUGCUCUACCUGCCUUGCGUCAUCACGCUGGAUGAGAUUGUGAACCAAAUCGAGGUGGCUGGUUUCAAAGCCAUUGUUAAAUCCAAACCUCGUCAGUUAAAGCUUUCAGCAAGUGAAGUCGAGCGCCUGCUCAGCGCUAACAAACAGACAGAGGAGAAGGUUUCAGAGCCGUCCACAGACUCCAGCAUCACUACAGUGUUUCAGGUCACGGGAAUGCACUGCAAGUCUUGCGUGGUCAAUAUUCAGGACAAUAUAUCCAAGCUGCCUGGAGUGAGUUCGAUCGUGGUGUCCUUGGAGAACACACAAGCUACGAUUGAACACAACCCAAAACAAACCUUAGCGGUGGAGCUACAGAAGGCCAUCGAAGCCCUUCCUCCUGGGGACUUUAAAGCUAUCCUCCCAGCUUCCCCAGAGCCAGGCUUCCUCCAGCCGCUGGGAUCAGUCGCAGAGAUCCACAUCGAGGGCAUGACCUGUGGCUCCUGUGUCCAGUCCAUCGAGGGCCUGAUCUCCCAGAAGAAAGGAGUGAGAUCCGCCCAAGUGUCACUGGCCAAUCAUCAGGGAACCUUUGAGUUUGACCCUUUAGUGACGACUUCUGAGGAGCUGAGGGCCGCUAUAGAAGACAUGGGCUUCGACGCUUUUCUCCCUGAGACGAAUUCAUUGGUGCCUUCGGUGGUCAAAAGCCCGUCUGUCCGGAGCUCGUCGUUAUCUCCGUUAUCUCUGAAAGAGAAUGAAGCAGAGUGUGACGCUGAGCCUUCAACAAACACCAUCUCCAAAUGUUUUAUCCAGAUUGGUGGAAUGACCUGUGCCUCCUGCGUGGCCAACAUCGAGAGGAACCUGAAGAACGAGCACGGUGUACACUCCGUUUUGGUUGCACUGAUGGCCAGUAAAGCCGAGGUUCGCUACAGCCCCUCGAUCAUCGAUCCUCAGAGAAUAGCAGAGUUUAUCCGAGAGCUCGGCUUCACGGCUUCAGUGAUGGAGGAUUACGACGGCUCCGAUGGGACCCUGGAGCUUGUGGUCAGAGGGAUGACAUGUGCCUCCUGCGUUCACAAAAUUGAGUCUAACCUGAUGAAGCAGAAGGGCAUCCUCUAUGCUUCAGUUGCAUUGGCAACUAAUAAAGCCCACAUCAGAUAUGACCCAGAAGUGACCGGCCCGAGAGACGUGAUCCGAUGGAUAGAGAACUUGGGAUUUACAGCCUCUCUGGUGAAGAGAGAUCGUUCUGGGAGUCACUUGGAUCACAGCCGUGAGAUCCAACAAUGGAAGAGAUCAUUCCUCAUCAGCUUGUUCUUCUGCGUGCCUGUCAUGGGCAUGAUGAUCUACAUGAUAAUCGUGGAUCACCAGAUCGAUAUGUCGCACCAUCACAACGCCUCGGCUGAGGAUCGAGAGAAGGUCCACUCCGCCAUGUUCCUGGAGAAACAGCUGCUGCCGGGUCUCUCCAUCAUGAACCUGAUCUCGUUUCUCUUCUGUGUCCCUGUGCAGUUUAUCGGUGGACGGUAUUUCUACUGUCAAGCCUAUAAAGCUGUCAAGCACAGGACGGCCAAUAUGGAUGUGCUGAUUGUUCUGGCCACAACGAUUGCAUUCACAUACUCCGUGGUGAUUCUCCUGGUUGCCAUGAUAGAAGGAGCGAAAGUGAACCCCAUCACCUUUUUCGAUACUCCACCCAUGCUGUUUGUCUUCAUCUCACUGGGCAGGUGGCUGGAGCAGAUAGCAAAGAGUAAGACCUCGGAGGCUCUGUCCAAGCUGAUGUCUUUACAGGCCACAGAGGCCACUGUUGUCACACUGAAGGAUGACAUGUCUGUGAUCAGCGAGGAGCAGGUGGAUGUGGAGCUGGUUCAGAGAGGAGAUGUUGUGAAGGUUGUGCCCGGAGGGAAGUUUCCAGUCGAUGGCCGAGUGAUCGAAGGACACUCGAUGGCAGACGAGUCUCUCAUUACAGGUGAAGCCAUGCCCGUCACUAAGAAGCCGGGGAGCACCGUGAUCGCGGGCUCCAUCAAUCAGAACGGCUCUCUGCUGAUCAAAGCCACUCAUGUGGGCACAGACACCACGCUCUCGCAGAUCGUCAAACUGGUGGAGGAGGCGCAGACCUCGAAGGCUCCCAUCCAGCAGUUUGCGGAUAAGAUCAGUGGCUACUUCGUCCCGUUCAUCGUUGGGGUUUCCUUCCUGACUCUCAUAGCCUGGAUUCUGAUCGGAUUUGUGAACUUUCCGCUUGUGGAGAAGUAUUUCCCUGGUUAUAAUAAGAGCAUCUCUGAGGCCGAGGCGGUCAUCCGCUUCGCCUUCCAGGCCUCCAUCACGGUCCUCUGCAUCGCCUGCCCGUGCUCUCUGGGUCUGGCCACCCCGACCGCGGUGAUGGUGGGAACCGGUGUAGGAGCCCAGAACGGGAUCCUCAUCAAGGGAGGAGAGCCGUUAGAGAUGGCACACAAGAUUCAGACUGUGGUGUUUGAUAAAACCGGCACCAUCACGUACGGCGCUCCCAAAGUGGUCCAGGUGAAGAUGCUGGCCGAGGGAAACCGGAUGCCACGCUCCAAGCUGCUGGCGAUUGUCGGCACUGCUGAAAAUAACAGUGAGCAUCCGCUGGGGGCUGCCAUCACCAAAUACUGCAAACAGGAGCUGGGGUCAGAGUCUCUCGGCACCUGUACAGAUUUCCAGGCCGUGCCGGGUUGUGGGAUCAGGUGUCUGGUCAGUAACACAGAAAACCUGCUGAAGAGAGACGACAGCGACAGCGAGGAGAACCAGCGCAAUGCCGUCUUGAUCCAGAUCAGUGAUACCAGAGCGCACAGCAGUGACCACCCACUCAUCAUGGACCCGCAGCCGCUCGAUGUCGUCCAGACGUCCUCGUUCACCGUGCUGAUAGGGAACAGAGAGUGGAUGAGGAGAAACGCGCUGCAGUUGCGAGCAGAUGUGGAUGAAGCCAUGACGGAGCACGAGAAGAGAGGAUGCACUGCAGUGCUGGUGGCUGUGGACAAUGAGCUUUGUGCAAUGGUGGCCAUCGCAGACACGGUGAAGCCUGAGGCCGAGCUGGCCGUCCAAACUCUCACAGCAAUGGGGCUGGAGGUCGUGCUGAUGACAGGAGACAACAGCAGAACCGCCCGAGCCAUCGCCGCCCAGGUGGGCAUCAGGAAGGUGUUUGCGGAAGUCUUGCCAUCUCACAAGGUGGCGAAAGUGGAGCAGCUCCAGCUGGCAGGGAAACGCGUGGCGAUGGUGGGCGACGGAGUGAACGACUCGCCGGCGCUGGCGAUGGCUGAUGUGGGCAUCGCUAUAGGCACGGGAACCGAUGUAGCCAUCGAGGCAGCCGACGUGGUGCUCAUCAGGAAUGAUCUUCUCGAUGUUGUUGGGAGUAUCGACCUUUCUAAGAAGACCGUGGAAAGAAUCAGAAUCAACUUUGUAUUUGCACUGAUCUACAAUCUUGUGGGGAUUCCCAUCGCUGCAGGUGUGUUUAUGCCGGUGGGUUUGGUUCUUCAGCCCUGGAUGGGCUCUGCUGCGAUGGCUGCCUCCUCUGUGUCUGUAGUGCUGUCCUCUCUCUUACUCAAAUGCUACACUAAACCCAGUGCUGAGACACUGGAGAGACGCUUGGGCGAGGUGAAAAGACACAGCAGCCUGUCGGAUGUUAGUGUUCACAUCGGCAUGGGAGAGCUACGCCGGCCCUCGCCCAAACUCAGUCUGCUCGACCGCUUUGUCAACUACAGCAGGGCCUCCAUCAACUCACUGCGCUCCGACAAGCACUCGAUGAACAGCAUGGCCCUCAGUGAACCUGACAAACACUCUCUGCUGGUGGGAGAUGCUCAUUGCGAGGAGGAGAUGGUCUAGGCUUUACCUCGGUGCCUGUAGACGAGGGGCGUCCCAAUUCAGUCGCCUCAGGAGAGAUUUGUCACUGUGAUGCUGCAUGGAUCCGCUUACACAGCUUUGGCUGUCCGGCCGUUCAACAGGCUCUCCGUUUACAUUACGAGUAUUCUUGCUGGCCAAUUUAAAGGGAUAGUACACCCAAAAAUUACAAUUAUGUAAUUUAGUCACAUUCAAGCACAGGUAUUUUGCAUGUGUUUGUAAGCAAACUGUUGCUAAAUGCCAAGAAAAAAAAAAUACUGUGGAAAUAAAUGGAAAUCAGAAGCGUUUGGGUUACUAACAUUUUCCUCUGUUUAGAAG